CUCACGGUGAAUGGCCGCCCCCGGAUCUGUGUGGAGCUGCACGUUGAGGAACUGUACGGGCCAGCAACAUGCAGUCAGACGACGUUAUCUGGGAUGUACUUGGGAACAAGCAGUUCUGUUCUUACAAAAUGAAAACAAAGACCCAGAACUUCUGUCGAAAUGAAUACAACUUGACUGGAUUAUGCAACCGUUCUUCCUGCCCACUAGCAAAUAGCCAGUAUGCUACCAUCAAAGAAGAGAAAGGUCAGUGCUACUUGUAUAUGAAGGUGAUAGAACGAGCAGCUUUCCCUAGGCGCAUGUGGGAGCGGGUCCGACUCAGUAAGAAUUAUGAGAAAGCUCUGGAGCAAAUAGAUGAAAAUCUUAUUUACUGGCCUCGCUUUCUUCGGCACAAAUGUAAACAGCGGUUUACCAAGAUCACCCAGUACCUGAUUCGCAUCCGUAAACUUACUUUAAAGCGGCAGAGGAAACUUGUUCCCUUGAGCAAAAAGGUGGAAAGGCGUGAAAAAAGACGAGAGGAAAAAGCAUUAAUAGCUGCUCAGCUAGAUAAUGCAAUAGAAAAAGAAUUAUUGGAGAGGCUAAAACAAGAUACGUAUGGUGACAUCUACAACUUCCCCAUUCAAGCCUUUGACAAAGCUUUGGAACAUCAGGAAGCUGAAAGUGAUGACUCAGAAACUGAAGAGAAAGAUGAGGAAGAGGAGGAAGAAGAUGAUGAUGAUGACUUGAAUAAAAGGGAAUUUGUGGAAGAUGAUGAAGUGGAAGAGAGUGACCUCAGUGAUUUUGAAGAUAUGGAUAAAUUAGAAGCUUCCAGUGAAGAAGACCAGGAUGAGAAAUCAUCCAGUGAAGAAGAAGAAAAAGCUGCUACUGCCAAACACAAAGGCAAAGCUCCAUUGAAAGGUCCUGUGAAGAGAAAGCGAGCCUAUGUGGAAAUAGAGUAUGAGCAAGAGACAGAAGCAGUGGCCAGAUCUCGGACUGCCUGAUUAUCUGUAGGCAUUUUGUAAACGGAACGAC